GGCCAUGGUUGAAAAGUGCAAAAUGACAGAGAAAGAUACUCACCACAAUUCAACACAAAAUAUUCGAGAUGACAUUAAAAGAAAGAGGCAAAGUCAAAAGAAAACUACAACUGUCAUUGAGGCGUUGAGGCAGAAAUACUGCACACAGCACGACAUAGAGACAUCAGGAGUAGAAAUUGUGUUUUACGCCAAACCAAAAGCAGACGAUAAUGCUGAGCUCGGAUACCUCAGGAAUGUGUGUCUUUCAGAUCAUGGCAUACGCAGAUCAGGCGUCGACUCUCAGGACAUUCGCUCGCUGUGUCCAAACAUUGUGGAUCUUGAUCUGACAGGAAACUUCAUUGAGUCCUGGGCAGAAAUUCUCCUUGUUGUGUCUCAGCUGCACAGCUUGAAGUUCCUGAACUUGACGAGGAACAAAAUAUCAAAAGAUAAAGAUGUUAUAGAGGAGUAUGCAGGGAGGCUGCCUGGUAUUGACAAUUUGGUCCUGAACUGUACAGGGGUUACGUGGGACAUAGUGUUGACACUGGCCCGGCUGCUAGAAACACUGAGAGAGCUUCAUUUAUGUGGAAAUGAGUACUGCACCCUCCCAGACGGGGGUUAUGAUGGAUUUGGGAGCAUUGAAUGUCUGCGUCUCAACAAUAACAGGAUCCACAGUUGGGAAGAAGUCUGGAAACUACGAAUGCUUCCCAACCUGACAUCUUUGUUCCUGUCAGGGAACCCUCUCAAUGACAUAUUCUAUCUUGAUGGGGACACUGAGAUCAGGCACAACCCUCAAAAGGUUGAAGGUCAUUUUGAAGGUCAUAUGGAAAACACAGACAACCCAAUGACAGAAUACACAGAUGUGGAAAUAACAGGAAAAUUAGACUUACAUAUCACAGAAUACACCAAAGAAAUUAUCAAAAACACUACAGAAAUACCAUUUAAGGAUGAACCAAACACUGGAAAUACAGCCAGUCAAAUCACAGAAAACAAAAGCAUUGGAAAACAGACUUCUACAAAAAUGGAAAUCACCUCAAACACAGACUUAACAAUCACCUCAAACACAGACUUAACAAUCACCUCAAACACAGACUUAACAAUCACAGAAAAUACAGACAUGUCAAUCAAAGAGAGCGUAAAUGUAUUCAUUACUGACAAUAUAGACCAUUCAUUUUCUGAAAACUUCAAUUUGCAAAACACACAAAAUUUAGACAAUUUUAUCACAGAACACUUGGAGAUGGAGGUUACAGAAACCACACAUACACUAAUCACAGUCAAUACAGGUGAACCAAUCACAAAAAACAAACAAAUUGGAAUUAUAGAAAACACACCCAUGAAAGAAAACACGAUUGGACCAAUAAUUGUUAAUGCAAAUGAACCAAUAGGAGAAAAUACUCACAUAUCAAUCACAGACAACACAUACGAACCAGUCACAGAUAACAAGGAUGGACAAAUCACAGAAAACGCAGAUAGACAAAUUACAGAAAACACGGACAGACAAAUCAAAGAAAUCAAGGACAGACCAAUCACAGAAAACACUGAGGGACCAAUCACAGGUCCUUAUGAUUACAAUUCAGAUGUUUCUGUACAGUGCUGUACAUCAAUAGCUGAUGAAGAUGCAGCUUGUAAAAAUGCUUUAGCAAAUAAUACUCAUGAAGAACUAUUGCCAAACCAGCUUGUAGGGGCUAAUGAUGUUAGGGUAGCAAAUGUGGGGACAGAAAAGGGAUCAAUAUCAGAGUUAUUUCCCCCUUUUGGAAAUUUGGACCUGCUGUGUGUCAGUGAUACACAUAUUAACAAGUGGAAACAUUUGGAUGCUAUCAGAAAGUUUCCAGUACUGAAGGCACUGAGAAUUAAGAAUAUUAAACUUGCAGCAAGCCUUAACCAGGAAGAUAGAAGAAAAUUGUUUGUUGCUUGCCUACCAAAUAUAAUUCACUUGAAUGGCAGUGAAGUGACGAAGCGUGAGGAAGCAGAGAGAUAUCUUGUGAGGUACUUCUCACAGAAGAAAAACAAGCCAAACGCUUAUCAGGUGCUGGAGCAAAAACAUGGCAAGCUUCAACCCCUAGUUGAUAUUGACAUCAGCAAAGGCUAUCAAGAAUAUGUGACCUUGACCUUCCAUGAAAAUUCAAAGGUCGUCUUCACGGAAACAGUUUGUGUCCGAGAACCGAUCGGGAAGCUGAAGAACCUCAUAUCCAGAAAACUGAACAAGACGUUUGGGUACAAUAUGUUGCUGUACCACCAUUACACGAGUCCAUAUCAUGUACAAGUCGAUGACCCCUUUGAACAGCUGCCAGGCGGGUCCCUGCCAAUCAGCCGCUUUGACAUACUGGAUGGGGAUGAAAUUCAUUACCAAUUUGUUGUGUCAAAUGAAAACCAUAUAGUGGAUAGAGAUGGAAAUUUGAAGAUUAAAAAUUGACUGUGACUGUCCAUUGUGGUCUUUACUAAGAAGAAUACAAAAUGGUUGAUUUUCGAGUCACAACAAAAAAAGUGUUUUUUGUUUUGAAGAACUUUGGCAUUAGAAAUCUGAGGCAACUAUCGGCCAAGAAGGUCUGUGUUUCAUGAUAACCAGAAGAUUUAUUACAAGAAGUAUUGUACGGAACACAAUUAUGAAGGGAAUGAUUUGUUUGCAUCAAACAAAAGUUUGGUGUAUUUAAAUUAUGUUUACUGUGCAUGUUAAACAAUUCAAGGUUGUUUAUUGUUAAAAAAAACACACACACAAAAUGUUGAUUUUUUAUGAUUCUAUUUUUAUAUUAUCUUCAAAUUAUGAUUUUAAUACAAUAUUGCACCAAAUGCUUUGUUUAUUUGUUAAUUUAGGUCGAUAAGUAUGGGGUAAUUAAUGAAUUUAUUUUUUGUCUGUUACUUUGAAAUGAGCCGUGCUCUGUGAAAAUGGGGUUUACUGCAUGUGCAUAAAGUAUUGUCCCAGAUUAGCUUGUGUCACAAGACCAAAUGUGGCUGUAAAUUCAACACUAUCGUGAUGAUUACAGUUUUAUUUGUAUUGUCAUUUUGAACACUAAUUGGGUUUUCAAUGUACAAAGAAAAAGUACCAGUAUAUGGAGGUGUAUACACCUCAAGUACUCUUAUUUUGUUGAUGUUCUGGUACCAUUUUUUCGGAACUUCUAAAAUAAUUAUAGUUUUGAAUUCAUCAAUGUGUUUCUGUUUUGAGUGAGAUCAUAAUAUGUACACUUUAAAUAUUUAAGUUAUAUUAAUUAUUUAUUUUUGUAUAUGUUAAUUCUUAGGUUUGAUAUGUUUUUUCUUUAUUUGUGUGUUUUUAUUUCACAUUUUGUUUUUGUUAGCAGAUACUAAAAUUGUUGUUUUCUUCAGUUAAAACAAAUCAGAUUUAAAUUUUCUGCAUUGAUAUUCCUUACGUAAAUUUUCACUGACUUUUAUUAGUAUGUGGUUUGGCACCAUGAUACAUAUUAAUGCAUAACCAUUCACAUGCAAUAAACUCUUUCAGAGCUGGAACCGAAUUUUGAAGGCCUUUGCAAAUAGUUUGAAUCCAGAUGAGACGCCACAAAACGUGGCGUCUCAUCAGGAUCCAAACUGUUUGCUAUUCUGAUAGUAUUCUUUGAAAAAUUAGAAAUUCAGCUGACAACAUUUUAGCAGACGACAAAUUUCCCAGCAUGCAAAGGGUUAAUGAGCUGGAACAUAAGAUACAACAAAAGAAAUAAAAAAAGAAAUAUUGAACUGGUUUAGAUAUGUACAAGUAAAGAGUAAAAAGAUUGAAACACAAAACUUUGUAUAGAGAAAAGUAAAUAUAGUAAGUAACAAUACCCAGUAUUCUCUUUGCUUAAUAUCAAACACAUAGAGUGGUUAUAAUAAAAAAAAAAUAAGUGCAAAAAUAGAGGUUGUUGGUGUAUUCAAUAUGUUUAUUGUGUAGACAUCUUAUAAGAAUUCAUUACCCGCUCUGUAUUGCUGUGGUGCCUAAGAUAUAAGGUCCUAUCAAUAUAGUAUACAUGUGGCAUGAGUCAUAUUUUAUGUUAUUGUUGUAUUCAAUUGUACAUAAUAUAUUUAUUUACAAAACUGUUUAAUUAAACAAGGUACAUGGGCGUAUUUUCUCAAACUUGUGCUGUGAUAUUAUAUUUGAACCUCACUAUAAUGUCAUGUUGUUGUUUUUUCAUAAAUUAUAAAGUAGA